GGCGGGCGGCGGCGGAAGGAGCUGGCCGCUGGGGGGGCGGGGCAAGAUGGCGGCGGUGCUGGAGGUGGAGGUUGGCGGCCCCGUCGAGCGCGAUGUGGAGGAGGUUGACCUCUCGCACUUGUCCCCAGAGGAGAGAUGGAGGGUGGAGCACGCACGGAUGCACGCCAAGCACCGCGGGCACGAGGCCAUGCACGCCGAAAUGGUCCUCAUCCUGAUCGCCACGCUGGUGGUGGCACAGCUCCUCUUGGUUCAGUGGAAGCAGCGGCACCCUCGCUCCUACAACAUGGUGACCCUCUUCCAGAUGUGGGUAGUGCCUCUGUAUUUCACGAUCAAGCUGUACUGGUGGCGGUUCCUGGUGAUCUGGGUGCUCUUCUCAGCAGUCACAGCUUUUGUCACCUUCAGGGCAACUCGAAAGCCUCUGGUACAGACAACACCCAGGCUGGUUUAUAAAUGGUUUCUACUAAUAUACAAGAUCAGCUAUGCAACUGGGAUCGUGGGGUACAUGGCUGUCAUGUUUACACUCUUUGGUCUUAACUUAUUAUUCAGAAUCAAACCAGAAGAUGCAAUGGACUUUGGCAUCUCCCUCCUGUUCUACGGUCUUUACUACGGAGUGCUGGAGCGGGACUUUGCCGAGAUGUGUGCGGAUUACAUGGCCUCCACCAUUGGGUUCUACAGCGCCUCGGGAAUGCCCACCAAGCACCUCUCCGACAGCGUCUGCGCCGUCUGCGGCCAGCAGAUCUUCGUGGACGUCAACGAGGAGGGGAUCAUCGAGAACACCUACCGCCUCUCCUGCAACCACGUGUUUCAUGAGUUCUGCAUCCGUGGCUGGUGCAUUGUUGGGAAGAAGCAGACGUGUCCAUACUGCAAAGAGAAGGUGGAUCUCAAGAGGAUGUUCAGUAAUCUCUGGGAGAGGCCUCACGUAAUGUAUGGGCAGCUGCUGGACUGGCUGCGCUACCUGGUGGCCUGGCAGCCGGUGAUCAUCGGACUGGUCCAGGGAAUCAACUACAUCCUGGGGCUGGAGUAAGCGCAGGCGGUGGGGAGCCGCAGAGCCACGAGAGGACGCGUGCCCAGGGCCGGGGACAGUUGCCACCAGGGAUGCUGGCUUUGCUCCAUCACCUCUCAGGACCUCGGCCGCCCCUGAGGACAGCAGCAUUGGGGCCCCUCCUGCCAGAGCUGAGGGAGGAUUUUUUUAAAAAGCAAUUAUUUUAAUGAGCGUAUUUAAAACUUUCUAUUGCAGCUGAAAAGAGACACUUGUCCCUUUCCCUGCCCCUCUCGGGUCCUUCGCAGCACCCCUCUGGGCUGAGCUUUGGGCUGGGGGCUGUUCUCCAGCUCCCUCCUGCUGCUCUGCCGGGGAAGGCCAGGGGGAGAAGGGCCGAGGCUUUGCCGGCUCCGACGCUGGCACCCCGGAGCAGCCUUGCUGGCAGCGAGGAUGGGAUAUGGGGGCUGCAGAGGAGAGGCUGGAGCCCAGUACCCUGAAAGAGGGGACAGAGGGAUGCCUGGCAACCCCAGGCUGCUGGGUCCCCUUCUGGGUGCCAUGGGUGUGCCGGGAGGAACCAAGCUGCUCACUGGCACGGUGAUGGUGGGCUCUGUCUCGGGGAACCCUUUUAUAUGCUCCCAAAUUUUCUAUGUUUCUCCCUGGAGGCCAGCGUCAUCCCCUGGCUGUUCGGGGUUGUCAGCCAGGGCAUGGAGUGGGACCGGUGCUGUUCCUCUCUCUGCGCCCUUUUGGGUGACGGUGACGGUACAUCAAGAGCAGCCCAGGAGCGGGUGCCCCUGCCCCAGGGCGCGGGGGCCUCCUCUCUGGGUGUUGCUCUUCUUGGCACUGGAAUAAAAGGGAUGGAGCGAAGGUUGGGCUGGUGCUGGCAUUUCCUUGCCCCGGCAUUGCACCAUGGCAUCCUCCUGGCCGUGCCGGCGGGAGCCGUGCCGCAGUCCUGCUGGUGUGAGGGGCCUCAGGCUCAUUUUUUGGCACUGGGUGGGGGCAAAGUCCCCCGAGGGCCAGUGGUGGUAUUUUGGCAUGCAGAUACUUGAGCCAUAUUGUCUGAGGAGACUGGGGUCUGGUGAGGGGCUAUGAGGCAGCUCCUGGCUCAGGGGAUUUGGGAAGUGGCCACAGCAGUGGCAUGGCCGUGGGCACCACGUGGGCUGUGUGCCCCCCCUCCCCAGGGAACCCCAGCGCCUGCUGCAUCAUCUGGUUUUUCUUUCGGGUGAAACCACAUUGCAGUGUCGUGCCAAACACCGAAAUAAGAGUCCUGGAAAUGGA